AAACAUUUUUAAUUAUUUCCUGUUGAAUUUGUUAAUGAAGAAUUAAUAAAGUAUCGAUUGAGAUCGCACACUAAGCUGGUUUACUAUUUGAAGAUGGAUUGGUCAAUGGUGAGGAAUCACUUCAAACAGACCUGGUUGACUACGCUGCUCAGUCUUAUCUUAUUUACUGGAGUCACCUACUUUUUGGUUUGGGCUGAGACUCAAACGAUUCAAAGCAAUUUGAUGUUAGAAGAGUUAGUAUCACAUGCAGAGAGUAUAGAUGUGCACACAAACGAUGAAUCAGCACGCUUUGAGGGCCGGGUUGUACAUAUUGUGGGGCCUCUAAGGAUCCUUGAACCAAUAUCAGAGCCCGAUUACAACAUACAAGUGCAGGCUGUGAAACUACGUAAAAGAGUGCAGAUGUAUCAGUGGAUAGAGGAGACUACUGAUCAAGAAAAUUUCCUUUCGGAGCCUGGUGAUGAAUCCCAGAAAACCUAUUGGUACCACAAAGACUGGAGAGACUAUGUUGUUGACUCUUCCUUGUUCUACAUCAGGCCUGGUCAUCACAACCCUGCUUCAAUGCCUUUAUUUAGUGAAACUCAUAUAGCUGAGAAUGUUAAAAUUGGCUGUUUGCUUUUAAGUCUAGAUGUAAAAAGAAAGGUGAAUGACUACUAUGAAAUUUGGUCUGAUUCAAGACCAGAGCGCAAUGACAUCAAGCUGCAUUCUGGAUUCUACUAUCAUGGCGAGAGUGCUCUAGAACAUCAGAUCGGCGAUCUUCGAAUACAUUUUUCUUAUGCUGGGCGAGAGGAUGAUAUUUACACAGCAGUUGGCGUAGUUGAAAGUGGAACAUUACAGCCAUAUAGUCCAACACAUUUUCCAACUGCAGACCCUAUAUCGCUGCUACGCAAAGGGUCAUAUAGCUUGAAACAGCUGCAUGAUUUGGAACGCCGAGACGCCAAUACUCAUACAUGGAAGUAUAGACUGUUAGGUUUCAUUCAAGUGUUUGCAUCAGCUAUGACGCUUCAUCCUGAAUGGAUCACGAUUUUUCUUCAAUGUAAGUGGAUUUCAAGCAGCUUAAGACGUUGUACUAGAGUGUGGGUCAACUUCAUCUUAUCAGUGUCAUACACAUUGCUAGUAAUAUCAAUACCAUGGUUGCUCCAUAAACCGACAUUCGGUGCGAUGGUCUUUGGCGUGGCCAUCCUCCCUCUACUACACUAUUCGACGCUGAUGACGCGACGCGACUCGACGCCUGAACCGCCUCCGUAUGCGCGAUGGAACGACAAUACGCGAUGAAAGUACCACAAAAAUAAACACCACCAUCUUGCCUAAGUCUGUCGCCAUAACAACAAUGUUAACAGCAUUGUUGUGUUCCGGCAGUUAUAGGUAAGAUAGCCAGUUCCUCCGUGGUUGAGGAUACCGGGUGAAUCUCGCUUCCACCUUCGGCCUGAUCAUCACUUACCAUCAGGUGAGAUACAGGCCAAGAGCUUCCUCGUUGUGAAUAAUAAAAAAGCAGCACUUAGGAUAACAAAAACUUCCAUGGUCUCUGAAACUUACUUAGGAUAGUUUCUUGUAUUGGGACUUCAUUUAAAGGUAAAUACAGUGACACCUUGUAGUAAUAAGUUGAUUUUGCGACAAGUAUGUUGUCUAAUGUGCUGUCUGCUAUUCAGGCUCGAAUAUCUUGAAGACUGCAAUGUACUUAAGUUUGUUUGUUUGUAACUAAUGUCAGAUACUUUAUCACAAAAUUGUAUUUUCUGAUGUGCUGUCUAUUGUACCUAGGCAUUGACUGAAACUGAGUAAAAAACAACUUGUUAUAGACUUCUAUGUAUACUUAGACAGGCUGAGCUACACUGAGCGGUCGACUGCGGUAAAAUGUCAAGACCCGCUAAGGUAUAGUCCACAAACUAAAAAUAAAUAGGUACGUUGUCAUUUAUGUAUGCAUUUUAUAUACUGAAGUCAUAAUUUUGUUAUAAAAUAAUAAUAGUAUAGUGCCAAAUGUAGUAUGAGUUGUAUAAUUCAUAUUACGGUAGUUUUGUAUACUAUAAUUGUAAAAUUAUUUAUUUAAUGUUUUGUUUAAGUCUUCUAGUCAUUGAUGAAAAGCAAUUAUUAGCUUGUAAGUAUAGGAAAAAAAAGUUAAAAUGGUCUAACAAAAUACGAUAUAAUCUAUUAUUGUAAUUAACGGGUUUAGUUGUCAAAUUAAUGGUAUUGUUGUCAAAUGGUUAUUAAAAUUAAUAAUAAAGAAAGGACAUUAGAUAUAGAUAGAUAGUCAAUAGUUGAUGUAUUUCUAAUAUUAUUAUGUAUGCUUCUAGUUAGAUAGGUACCCAAUUUUUUUAUUGAAUUACUAACCAAGCAUAUCCUAUCGAAAGAACCAAUUAAGCUUAAACAUAGAAUUUAUAAAUGUCCCAUUGUGAUAAUAGAUUUAACCUAACACCUAAUUAUGAAUAAGGCUAAUUAACUUAAUUAUGUACCUAACUAAACCAAAUCGUACAAACCACGCGUCACAUUCUUCAACUCUAUAAAGUUUAAGUACUCAAUGCUUUUAAAAUACCUAUGUAGAUCUGGUUGUGAUGUUGUCAUUCGUAUCCUAAUAUUUGUUUUAUAUUUAUUAUUUAUACAUGAAAUAAAAACAAUUUUACUAAUUA